CUUCAGAAGAGAACACAACAGCACAGCCAUCAUUACACAAACUCAGAAGUACUGGACACAAGGUGAAAGUAGUAAGUCUAAUUGCUUAGAAAAGUAAAAGCUCACCUCUGCUCAACAAGCCUCACAGUUUCUAUCAUCAUUCAUGUCUGGAGUACAAGAGCACAAACAGUGAAGGACGUGAAGUAAAGAGGUUACUGGCAUCCUACACGUGUCUGGUGUUGAAAGGCUUUAAUCACCUCUACACUGACACUAGUGACCUUCACAGCUACAAAAUGAACAACAGCAACUCCGAGGCAUCAGGGGAGGCCCCUGUUUACACUCUGACCUCACUGCCGACCCUGGGACAUGAGCAACAAAACAAACACGAUUGCAAGGAAGCUGCGAAGACGACUCAAUCCAAACAAGAACGGACUAAAGAUAUCCCAAAGGAAGAUGCUGUCUAUGUAGUCCUGCAUAAAGAGUGGAAGUUAAAGAUUGGUGGGUCAUCAAUCACUGAUGGCAAAACAGGUAGAAUGACAGUAGGACCUCAAUCGGUCAAUGCAAAAGAGCCAAUCAAGAGCUCUGUGUUUGAAAAAUGGGAAAUGAUGGAUAGAGAUGAACAGAGGUCACUGGCUAAACGCCAACUGUCUGAGGAAAGUAAAAAAAACUGUACUCAUAGAUUAAUGAAGAGCACAGUGAUGAAAGAGGAAGAGUCAAGGAAGACGUUAACCACUGCCUCAGGAAAACUAAUAUUAAAUGGGCCCAGGUCCAGAAGAAAACUUCAAAAGGACCUAAUACUGAACUCUGAGGUCUACCGCAAGGUUGACACACAUGUAAUCAACACUGGAAGAGAGCUCAGAAUCAAGCGGAUCUUUUCGGUGCAAGCAAUCACCCAGACAAUCACAGAGGGGGCAAUCGGUGAUUUAGACAAACUGCGUGCCAUCUGGAUCUGGCUUUGCCACAACAUUGAGUAUGAUGUGGAGGGAUAUCUGGGCCUCACUGAGAAGGUUUGCUCACCUGAGCUGGUCGUUUUGACUGGACGAGGUGUGUGCUCUGGUUACUCCAGCGUCUGUUUACAGAUGUGCAGGGAAGCUGGUAUUGAGUGCAGAGAGGUGUCGGGUCAUGGUAAAGGCAUUGGUUACCGGCAGGGUCAGAGUUACCAGAACACUAAAUCCAGCCACAUGUGGAAUGCAGUGUUUCUGGACGGACACUGGUACUUACUUGAUGCCUGCUGGGGUGCUGGAAGAGUAGACCUGGACAACAGAGCAUUCAUAAAGAGAUAUGAAGAGUUUUACUUCCUCACGAACCCUGAGAACUUCAUUAACUCUCACUAUCCUGAUGAGGAGGAGUGGCAGCUCUUGGAGAGCCCCAUUGAGCUUGAAGAGUUUGAGAAGAGGGUGCUGAAAACUUCUGAGUUCUACAGGCUGAACUUAACCCUCAUUCACCCAAAACACUUCCUGAUAGUUACAGAGAACGGCGAGGCGACGGUAUUGAUGAGUUUCCCUCAGCCUGUCGAUUUCACCUAUCAGAUUUCCCAGCCUAGCGGCAAUGAACUACAACAGCUGAGCAACUCCAUCGGCCUCCUCACAAGCACCCAGCACAGCAUGGAGCUCCGCCUCAUGCCCCCAAAGUCUGGCACAUAUGAGGUCAGGGUUUUUGCUCGACCUGGAAACACUUCUAAAGCAUUCAGCUGGGUUUGUUCCUUCCAGUUGGAAUGUCCAACACCCAAAACCUCAGAAGAGCUGCCCGAGAAUCCCUACGUGUCCUGGUGCCUGCAACCAGACGCAAUGAGUUUAGGACUCAAGCCUUGUGAAUAUGGGAAUGAUAUAAUUUUUAUAAAGUCUGGAUGCUUUAAGUUAGUUUUAAAGACUACUAGACCACUUAUGAUGUUGUGUGAAUUGAGCCAUAAGGACCUGGACAAGACUUUAGCUGAGAAAUGCUUGGCCAUUCAGACUGAGCCAGAUCAACUCACAUGUAAUGUCCUCUGCCCGUACCGUGGUUACUACCGUCUAUCGGUGUUUGUACGGGACUGGGCGAAUGCAGCAGACAACUUCCAAAAUGCAGGAAACUUUCUUCUUUGCUGCACAGGUGGUCCUGUCAACCUGAAUGAGCUUUUUCCGUGUGGUCUCAGCAGUUCUUGUGGUCCUGGUAUCAGAGCUUUGGAGGCCGGCCUCUCCAGGUUCAGCCAUACAGAAGCUCUGGUUUAUACACAGCAAGGAAAAUGCAACAUCACCUUCCAAAACCCUCAAGAUCUAGACCUCCAUGCUGUUCUAACUAAAGAACAGUGCAAUCAACCAGCAAGUCUUCUUUCAAACCACGUCCUCUUCACUCACAAUGGGAGCAAAGUCACAAUCAGCAUUGCCCUUCCUGAGUAUGGAGUCUACAAGCUUGGUCUCUAUGGAAAAACGUCCUUCAAGCAAGAAUUCACCUUGCUGUGUGAAUACAUCCUGAAGAACACCUCAGCGAAUAAGUGGCAUCCAUUCCCAUGCACGUACAAAGCCUGGAAGAGGGGCAGUGUGCUGUUUGAACCUCGUACAGGGCUGUUAGAGGCCUUGUCCUGGGUGAAAUUUCGUGUACGUGUCCCAAAGGCCCAAAAAGUGAGUGUGCAAGGAGAUCAGAGGGUGGAUCUCCAGCUCAGUAAGAGCAGGGUUUGGGAAGGGACUGUGUUUACAGGCAGAGGGCCACUGCUUAAACUUGCUGCCAGCCAAAGCGAGACCUCCAAUGAGAUGGUGAUCAUAAUGUCCUUCAAUGUGCUAGAGUCAGAACUCAGAACAUAAGAUAUGACAAAGUUCUACAACUCACAUGAAAUAAUCCCGAAAGACACUUUUGGGACACCUCUUUGUUGUAACCAGGGCCUAAAAUUAACACUCGCCAAAUGCGAGUAAAAAUCGUUGUUGACGAGUAUAUGAAAAGUCAAUCACCAGUUGGGCGGUAACAUUUUUUAUGAGUUCUAACAUUGCAAUGCUGUGAGAACAUGAACGUGCACACUCUAAAAAACACUUGUUGCUUUAUGUUGCUUUGCAUGAAAUUAAACGAUAUAAAGAAUAACGGCAAAUUUUAGAUAAAAUAAAACAUACACAAACCUGUUACCGAAGACAUGCACCAAUUUAACGGAGCUGCAAUGCUCUCUCCUGAAGAGGGCGCAAAAAGUCUGCGAUAAAUAACUCAACCCCUGGGUUGUUACGUCUGACCCAGGAGCUGGGUAACACAGAAACUACCCAAACACUGGGUUAUGACGUCUGACCCAAGAGCUGGGUGACAAAAAAUUACCCAAACGCUGGGUUGUUACGUCUGACCCAGGAUCUGGAUAACACAAAAACUACCCAAACGCUGGGUUGUUACGUCUGACCCAGGAUCUGGGAAACACAAAAACUACCCAAACGCUGGAUUGUUACGUCUGACCCAGGAUCUGGAUAACACAAAAACUACCCAAACGCUGGGUUGUUACGUCUGACCCAGGAUCUGGGAAACACAAAAACUACCCAAACGCUGGAUUGUUACGUCUGACCCAGGAUCUGGGUAACACAAAAACUACCCAAACGCUGGGUUGUUACGUCUGACCCAGGAUCUGGUAACACAAAAACUACCCAAACGCUGGGUUGUUACGUCUGACCCAGGAUCUGGAUAACAAAAAAUUACCCAAACGCUGGGUUGUUACGUCUGACCCAGGAUCUGGAUAACAAAAAAUUACCCAAAUGCUGGGUUGUUACAUCUGACCCAGGAUCUGGGUAACACAAAAACUACCCAAACGCUGGGUUGUUACGUCCGACCCAGGAUCUGGAUAACACAAAAACUACCCAAACGCUGGGUUGUUACGUCUGACCCAGGAUCUGGAUAACAAAAAAUUACCCAAAUGCUGGGUUGUUACAUCUGACCCAGGAUCUGGGUAACACAAAAACUACCCAAACGCUGGGUUGUUACGUCUGACCCAGGAUCUGGGAAACACAAAAACUACCCAAACGCUGGAUUGUUACGUCUGACCCAGGAUAUGGGUAACACAAAAACUACCCAAACACUGGGUUAUUAUGUCUGAUCCAGGAUCUGGUAACACAAAAACUAUCCAAACACUGGGUUGUUACAUCUGACCCAGGAUCUGGGUAACACAAAAACUACCCAAAUACUGGGUUGUUACAUCUGACCCAGGAUCUGGUAACACAAAAACUACCCAAACACUGGGUUAUUAUGUCUGACCCAGGAUCUGGUAACACAAAAACUACCCAAACACUGGGUUAUUAUGUCUGAUCCAGGAUCUGGUAACACAAAAACUAUCCAAACACUGGGUUGUUACGUCUGACCCAGGAUCUGGGUAACACAAAAACUACCCAAACACUGGGUUAUUAUGUCUGAUCCAGGAUCUGGUAACACAAAAACUAUCCAAACACUGGGUUGUUACGUCUGACCCAGGAUCUGGGUAACACAAAAACUACCCAAACACUGGGUUAUUAUGUCUGACCCAGGAUCUGGUAACACAAAAACUAUCCAAACACUGGGUUGUUACGUCUGACCCAGGAUCUGGGUAACACAAAAACUACCCAAACACUGGAAAAAUAACCCCCAAAAAAUGACCCAAAAGGCUCAACCCAGGACUUGGGUAGAAAAAAUAACCCAAGAUUUUUUAGAGUGAAUGACACUCGGAACAGUUGACAGGCCAGUGCUGCAUCAUCACGAAAAUGUAAGUCUUUCCCAUUUAAAUAAUCAAACGCAAGAAGACGUGAAAGGGAACUCAAUUUCUUUCCCAGAAAGCCGUAUCUCAGACAGCAUGCGGAUACUGAAUUGAUCUCUCUUUCACGUCUUCUUGCGCUUAAACAGACAAAUUCACACAAAAUUGUCAAAAAAUGCCCGUCUUGGGGAGUAUCCUAGUUAACAUAGUCGGUUAUGGCUUAAGUGAACAUAAACUGUUGAUACAGAAACACAUGUGUUUCAGUAUAUUGGAUCCGUGCAUCUCUUAAAGUGACAGCAGCCUAAUAAAUCUGCUGCAGUCAUUAAUGUUAAUCAAACAACAAAAGACGAAAUCACUCACUGCUCUUGACUGAAUAACUUUUGUAACUUUAAUAAGGAUUAAUUUAUGUUUCAUUUAUAUAGUGAUACAGUGAUAUACAAUGACAUCUGAUUAAUUACACUAUAGCUGCAGGAAAAUUACGUCAACUCAACCUCGUUCAAGGCUGUUGAACUUAGAAGACAUAGUAAAUGAAUGUCAACUGAGACCUGUUACUGGUGUAACUAUAGCGAGAAUCACAAAGCUAAUGUGACUUUUCUUCAUGCACUCUUCCUAAGAACAGUACUACAUCCCACAUUAAUGAAACACUUGAACUAACGCACCUCAUGCACUAAGCUGAGAGUCUGAAGCACUAAGUUUAGAGUAGGUGUGAUUAGUUUGAUAUGGCAGACAAUAACUCUAUGGAAAGUUGAUUUGCACCAUUUAGACUGUCAGUUACUGAAACUGAGAGCCCUCCAUGCACAAAUGUGACUCUGAGAAGCUGGGCAUUUUCCACUGGCGGAACAGCAAAUGCGUUAUGAUAUUGGUUUCAAUUUAAUGGCUAUAAGUGUUACUCAUACUUUAAUGUAUAAAAUAUCUACUUUAUUACUUAUGAGAUAUUUUUUUAAUUUAGGUUCCCAGAACAAAAAAACAAAUCUACAAAUGCAUGAAAGCGAAUGAUUGACAGGAUUUUGUGAGUAGAGAUGCUGGAUGAGAGGUGAGCCAAGAGGGGCUGUUUUAAUGUUAUCCAUGCAAAACACACAGUUUGGCUCUUUCGUUUGCUGCCAGCAGGCAAUGAUAAAGAAAAUCACUGAUCAAAGUAACAUCGCUGUUGUUUGUGCUGUUUCCGUACAUCCAUAGCUGGAAAAAGAAAAUCUGUCUUGCAACUCCUUUUCAAGAGUUAAACAACGUCGCAAAGAUUUGUGUUAUAUGUUCUUUUACUAAUUUUAGGUGAUUCUGGCUCAACUCCAUCAUAAAAAAAUAUAUAUAUAUUGACACAAUUUUACAUACAUUAUAUGCAAAUAAAUAUAUUUUUGUCCACGUA